UCCGAUCAAAGACAAACAACAACUUAGAGGAGGCGCUGCUCCUCAAGACGAGGAGCAACUCGAAGAGGUAGUUUCUUCCCAAGGCGAGGGACCACUCGAAGGGGUCUUUCCUUCCCAAGACGAGGAGCAACUUGAAGAAGAAGAAGUCCUUCCUUCCCAAGACGUUAAACAGCUUGAGGGAGACCCUCCCCCUCAAGAAGAAUCUCGACCACCUGCCCAGGGUCAAGAGACAGAAGACGAAAUAGUCAUAGCAAAAGAAGCAGAAGCAGAGGAAGUUGAAAGCAGGAAGAGACGAAAAUAAAUUCCGAAAUUGAUAAUUCCUGGGACGAGGGUCACAGCCACAAAAGCGAUACUUCGAGCGAGAGUCUCUCUGAGGAAGAAAACCGAGAAGACCCGUACCAGCCGAGCUCCUGGGACGAGGACUUCCACAGGCCACUUCAUAAAGGCACACAGGCUGAUGAGGACCUCCUCGAAGAGAUCUCCGAAAUAGCAUGGCGAGGGGAGCCUGAAGGCGCCGCGGCAGCGGAGGAAACAGCCCGAUUGGCGGAGCCGCAACCCUCGUCCCGGGAGAGACGUCAUUCCCUGGCCCACAGCCUCUCAGAGCUGUACGUGCCUCAGCCGGCGGAGGUGUAUGGUCCAGUGGUGGAUGACAUGUGGGUCAAUAAGGAGAACACUCCACCGCCCGUUGAUGUCCAGAGCAACAUAUCCUACGAGAGCGUCCAGCUUCCGGGAAGUAUCCUGGACAAUAACGACAGACCUCUUGAUCGCAGUGCUCUCCACUCGAAGUACAAAAAGAUGGCGCAGCCGUUCCAAAUUCAAAAGUCAAGCGACGUCAAAGAGGUGAGGAGGACGGUAGAAACUACGUUCUUCCGGGAUAAUAAGAGGCAAAUAGACUUUAUAUUGGCCUACAAAGAGGAGGAAGAUCCAGAAAAGGUGGAGAGACGACGCGUAUACGAAGAAAAUCUCAGGGAAGAAGGACUGGAGCUGGAAACCGAGGACAAAUCUCAAUCCCAGGAUGGUAUGACAUAUUUUGUGAAAAUCCAUGCUCCUUGGGACUUGCUUGCUCGUUAUGCUGAAAUCUUGAAGCUCAAAAAGCCAAUUAAGAGGUUUAUCGUUAUUCGUGAAGGGGAAGUAUGGAAAGAUGAUACUCGGCGGGAGAGGCGCAACAUGUUCUCAUUCUUCGGCAUGAAGGAUCCAUUCAUGUAUGAUGAAAAUCUCAUUCCAAGGGAACCUAGCUACUUCUCCACAGGAUUUUCGCGCUCAAGAGUUGAGCAGUUCAUCAUCAAAGACAGAGAGUCGUUUUUCACUCCUUCCCAGAGAAGCCAAAUUGUAUGGGAGAUACUCCUAAGGGCACGCUAUACAGAAACUGAGCUGGAUUCAUAUAUGAAACAUCGAAGUAUUGGCAUAUCACGUCUGUUGACAAAUGAAACGUAUGCAGCCGCUUAUCCCUUACAUGAUGGCCGUUAUGACAAAGACAACCCUGAUGGAACCUAUUGUGACCGUAGGUUACUAUAUCUUGAGUGGGCCCGUCCUGGAAAAUGGUAUAAAAGGCAGCCAUUACAUGUAAUUAGGCGAUACUUCGGUGACAAGAUGGCGCUAUACUUUGCCUGGUUGGGUUUCUACACAAAGAUGUUAAUCCCAGCAUCCCUCUUAGGUGGCUUUACGUUCAUCUGCGGAUUGUUUGUCAUGUAUUCUGAUUUCAAUAAACCUAGUGAGGAGAUAUGUGAUGAAAGUGCAAAUGCCACUGGGUCUCUUGUGAUGUGUCCAAUAUGCGAUGAAGUUUGCACCUUUUGGCAACUAUCUGACUCUUGUCUCAAUUCCCGAAUAACAUUCUUGUUUGAUAAUCCUUUUACUGUGUUUUUUUCAAUCGCCAUGUCAUUUUGGGCCACAAUGUUUCUAGAGCUUUGGAAACGUAAACAAUCUGUCAUUCAGUGGCAGUGGGAUCUAGAAAACUUUGAGGAGGAAGAAGAACUUCGUCCCCAGUUCCAUGAGAAAGUGACUUCCACAAGAAUAAAUCCUGUCACGAAAAAGCGAGAGCCCUAUUUACCUCUUUGGAAGAAAGUAUCUCGUGUAAUAGCAUCUGGUUCUCUUGUUUUGUUAAUGCUAUUUGUGGUCCUUGCAGCGGUCUUUUCUGUAAUUCUAUAUCGUAUAGCUGUUGCUGUUUCGGUGUACAAGACAGACAAUGAAUAUAUCAGAAGUAAUACAAGAUUAAUUACUUCAAUCACGGCUGCAUUUAUUGAUCUUAUUCUUAUCCUCAUACUGAACUUUUUUUACGAGAAGCUGGUUAUGUGGCUCACAGAUCUUGAAGUUCCGCGGACGCAGACUGAAUACGAGGAUUCGUAUACCCUCAAAAUGUUUCUGUUUCAGUUCAUCAACUACUAUGCUUCCCUCAUAUAUAUUGCCUUUUUCAAGGGACGCUUUUUCUUCCACCCUGGUGAUACAGACGUCCGAACAAAUGUUUUUAUGAAUGUACGGUCAGAUAUGUGUGACCCAGCAGGAUGUCUUUUUGAGUUGAUGUUACAAUUGGCCAUCAUCAUGGUUGGGAAGCAGUUCUUCAAUAACAUCAUAGAAAUUUUCAUUCCAGUUGUGCGCGUUUGGUGGAAAAAGAAAAUUGACCACAAUAAUCAUCUGAGUGAAGCUUAUACAAGAUGGGAACAAGAUUAUGAUCUUGGUCCAUACACUAGUCUCUCUCUUUUUGGUGAAUAUUUGGAAAUGGUAAUUCAGUAUGGCUUUGUGACCCUCUUUGUGGCUGCCUUUCCGUUAGCACCAAUUUUUGCACUCAUUAACAAUAUAGUGGAGAUUCGAUUGGAUGCAUAUAAAUACCUUACCCAGAGCAGAAGGCCUAGGGCUGAAAGGAUACAAGACAUUGGCAUUUGGUAUGGAAUAUUGAAGGGGAUCACUUACUGUUCAGUCAUAACCAAUGCCUUUGUCAUUUCAUACACAAGUGACUUCAUUCCUCGUCUCGUGUACAUGUUUGGAUAUUCUGAGAAUCACAAUCUAGUUGGAUAUGUCAAGAAUAGCCUCUCAGUAUUUUACACAAGAGACUAUGAUAAAGACAUGGGGCCUGCAGAACCAACAAGAGAUAAGUGGCCAGCUGAAUGCCACUACAAAGCCUACAGAAAUGACCCCACUGAACAUGACCCAUAUGAAUUUAACUUACAGUUUUGGCAUAUAGCUACAGCUCGCCUUUCUUUCAUUAUAAUAUUUGAGCAUGUUGUUUUCUUCCUUACUGGUGUUCUUUCACUGCUUAUUCCUGAUAUACCAGUUGAGGUUAGGAAUCAAAUGAAGAGAGAGAAAAAGGUUGAAAAGGAGACAUUAUUUGAAAAUGAAAUGCGUAAAAUUAGACAAGAAAGGCAAGGUCGACAAUCAAUAGUGAAGCAACACCUUGAUGAGGAGAUGCAUGUUGAUCUUGGGGAAGGCCUUGGCCCUAGACCAAAUUCACGAGCCACAUCUGCUCCAUCUGUUCCACAAUAUCUCAAGAACCAUCAUAUUUAAAGUAUUGCUUCAGGCUUUCCCUCAGAUGUUGAUCAAAUAAGUGUGCCAAGUAUAGCAAGAAAAAUUAUGUACAUCAAGAUAAUAUGACACUUCAGGAAAGUAAAUUUUCUGUCCUUGCUUUUUAUGUUUGACAUUGUUUACAGCAAGGAAAAAUUCAAAAUGAUGUGACACUUGAGUUGAGUGUAUACUUUCUGCCUUUAAUUUUCAAGUUUACGAAGAAAUUUUACAAUGGUACCAAUUUAAAAUUUCUGACCUUUUAUGUUAAAAUAUUGCACAGAAUUUUCUUAUUUAAUUUUCUUAAAUUUUUCAAUUAAUUCAUCAGAAUUUGAAGUAAACCAGUUUAUCUGUGAUAUGUAGUACUUUUACUAUUAUUAGGGCUAUGUAAUAAUAAUAAACAUUGUUUUUGCAAUACUCCCUUUUCAAUUAUGGCAGUUUAUCACAAGCUCAUGCAUUAAAAUGGUUAAAAUGAUUUUAGUAGGUUCAGUAUUUCAAAAAUCAGUUCAUGAAGUGGAUGAGGUAUUUUGCUUAGGCCUUAGUAUUUGUAAAAUGUAUUUAUACACCUUUUAUAUAUGUCUAGACAUGCACUGUGAGUUUAUAUAAUAUUCAAGCUUUAAUUUAUAUAUAGUAUAUAUAUUGACUUAUAUUCAUUAUUUUUAUAAAACUGUACAGUGCUUUAGUCUAGUCUACACAUCAAAUGGUUUGUAUACUGAAAUUUAUUUAUGUAAUUUAAAUAUGUAACCUAUAUCUUUAAAAAAUUUAUAACUGAAAUUCUAACUUUUCAGUCUUUUAAAUAUGCAAAAACUUAUUAGGCCUUUUAGUUUAUGGGAGUGAGUACGAGUGUUUGAUGAGCUGUAAGUUUUGCUCAUCUCAGUACUGUAAUGAAAUCAUGUACUUUCAGAAAUAUGACAGAUUUUAAAAGUAUUUUCUAUUUGUUCAUAUGCGGAACAAACCUUCGGUCCUAACAAUAGGAUAAAUCUUCUGGCGAGCUAAGAUGGCAAAGGUAGGUUUGAACUGGCUAGGCUAAGAACUAAACCACUUGAUAGGCUAAGAACUCAACCAUAUAGGCUAGGCUAAGUUAGUAAUUAAAGGUUUUUCCUCAUCUUUCCUCCAUCUUGAGGUCUUCCUGGUCUAGACUCGAGUACCUAACCAGCUGAGUAGGUCUGAAUCAUAGAUUAUGGAGUUAAAAAGUAAUUCUAUUUGCGCCAUGAAAAUGACUUGAGCAAUCAGAAUUGAACCCAGUUUUGUAAGCAGGCGUAGGGCAAGGUGGUUCCACAGAACUUCACUGUGAAGGAUCCAACCUAUAGACUAACUGCAACUACGUGUGUCAAAGUUGAAGCAUUAGAUCAAUAUUCUUGUAGGAAAUAUCCAGAUUGCAAAUAAAAGAUGAAACAAGAGAAUUCUUCCUGCCCGAGAAAUGUUGAAGUCUUCAGGUCAACACAAGAGACUAUCAAUUUCCACAAUGAAGGCUGUAUGGGCUUGAUUGAACGAGUCGACUCAAUGAAGGACAUAGCAGUUGGAAGAUCGAUCUUAUAUGUUGAUGACAUGGAAUGUCCGUCGGAUGCUACCAAGGGAAUGCCUGUCAAUUGUUUGCUGUGACCAAAGGGCAUUGCACAAACAUGCUGUGUGGUAGGUUGAAGGUCCAUUUCGAUCUUGUACCUAGAAGAUACGGAAAACCCGGCGGACGCCACCAAGGCAACAUUUGUCAGACAAUACUUAUGCAACCAAAGGCAUUGCACAGACACAUUUAUGAUGUACAGCUGUCUAGUCAAGUAUGUGCAUCUGUCACUGACCGUGAAGUCACGUACAUGGACAUGCUGCAAUAAACAACGUAUGUGACACCAUCUGGGAGAAGAAGAAGAAGAAGCAGCAGCACAACAUUGACAGGUCACAACCACUGGCUGGAAGGUGAAUGACAAACGUAGGACCUUCUAAGAGAAUGAGACAAGAAUGUGUUGGUUUCUUGGUAACUGGAGAAAUGACCUCUCUCUCUCUCUCUCUCUCUCUCUCUCUCUCUCUCUCUCUCUCUCUCUCUCUCUCAUAUCUGGAGGAGCUCUCUCUAAUAUCUGAAGGAGCACGUCCGCCAUGAGCAUCAUGGCCGUCACUUGAAACACGUCCGCUGAUGUGAACAGCAGGCAAGGAAAGCUGGACCUAGCAGGUGAACGAGACUUCAAACAAGAAGAAUGUGUUGAAGGCAAAUAAGAGACUUACGAGAGAAGAAGGGGAAUGAUCAUCUCCUUUACAUGAAGGGAAGACAAGCCCGUGAAAGAAAGAUGACACCUCUCUCGGGGAAACACGCCCAUGGAUGUGGAUCACAUCCAUGUAAAUCUGGAACUAAAGUGACUAAGUCAUGAAAGUGAGUGUUGAGGCAACAAUGCCUAAGCUGGAAAUACAUCCCCAAACGUCCAGAAUCUCUUACGUGAAGGAAACUGCAUCAACUCUGGCUGGGACAUUAUAGAAUCUUCAUGGUUACUUCAGACUGGAGAGAAUAAUUGAAUCAGAGUUCUGAAGAAAACAGAGUGUAGGAAACAUCCUCAGAUUUUGGAUUUCAAAGAAAUCAAGGAACCUGGAUAAGCUACCAGCCACAAACAGGAUGAAAGUUGGUUGCUCCCUCUACCCAAGUGUCUGAAGAAACAAGGGAUACGUACGAGUUCAGAAAUAUCUCGGGACUAAUAUCGGAGACUCCAGUUACCUCUCCAACUCGCCAAAUCGUAGGAAAUCGUGCACCUGGAGCUCUGAGUUGCAAGAUUUAGAAGAGAAGCUCAUGACACAAAACAAAAGCCACCUUAUUGACGAGGGAGAGCACCGAUACAAGAAGGCAAAGAUUAUCUUCCUUAGAUUCAUACAGCAACUGGAUGGCCUAGUCAGUACACAUACAAGUGAAGAAAGCUGAAGAAUUUACUAAGAAAUUCCAACACCUAAGGUAGGGAAGAUGGGUCAUACUUCUCUUGAAAUGCAGAGUCAAUUGAAACUAUGUCAUCAUAAGAACUUGCCAUGAUGUCACAAACCUAUCCGUAACAUCACACAGCAGACUACGCUUACAAAGAAAAACAUUGUGUGUAAGAGCGGAUUAAUCAUAUUCAAACAAAAUUGUAAAGACAAGUUUAUUUCAUUUGAUAAAUAAUAGAAGCAGACAAAGACACAUUGGAGAAGUCAUCUGUUAAGAAUGGUACCCCUACAUGAGGACACAAACUCUGCAAGCCACUGUAUAGAAUGGGGUCCAAUGCUUGAAAGGAACACUGCUGUCAGGAUUGACUGGGUUCCAAACUCAAUGCAGCACCAACUAUGGAGGAGUGAUAAUGGUAGUUACAUUUAACAACAUCUUCGAGGAUUGCGUGAGAGAGAGAGAGAGAGAGAGAGAGAGAGAGAGAGAGAGAGAGAGAGAGAGAGAGAGAGAGCAUCGUUAGGUUGAGAGUUUGAGUGUUUUCGUAUGGUUGAGUCAUGUUUCGUGUCUGGUGUUGCCAUAUGAUAGUAUGUAAGUGCGUACUAUGUUUUUCCGAAGAGUGUGAGCGAGUGAGCGAUCAAGAGCGAGAGAGAGAGAGAGAGAGAGAGAGAGAGAGAAACAUCAUAAUUGGUGGAUGGAUAGUAAGGAGUGGUUUGAUGGCGGGCGUAAGCAUAUGGGAGUCUGUUACAGAGAGUCGUGAUAGUCAGUACGUCUGUGUGCAGCAGUCUUUUUGGAAGAUACUAUUGUGGUUUCCUGGAGUUGUUUUUUGAGUUGUAAUCGGUCUUGUGUGUUGGGAAGCUGUUGUACUGAUGCUUGAAGGUUGUCGUGCUUGUGUAGUUGGAAGAUUGUUGAGCUUGUGAGUUGUGGAGUGUUGUUGUUGGUGAGGCGUUGUGAUUUCUUGGUGUUGUGGUUAGAUGUGGACUUGUAAGGUUGUUGCUUUGGUGUUUGUCUGCACAGUGAUUUGUUGGGUUGUUGAGUUGUGUGUGGUUGUGGUGCCUGGUUGGUUGGUUUGUGUUGUGAUUCUUGGCGGUGAUUGUGGCGCGACGACUAGGCUAUAUCCAGCAGACGGCACAGCGCCUAGCCGUGAAUAUCUAGAGUCUGAGGUGAAUAAAUGAAUGAGUGUGUUUUGUUUGUGUGUUUCGGUAAGCCAAUUGUCCCGUGUGUAUUUAGUAAUGUGAAGAGGAAAGUGUGGCAUAGGGAAAGUUCAAUAGUUGGUACGACUAAAGUGACUGUGGGGAGAUUUGCUUGCUUGUGAUCCUGCCACACAACGAGCAUACCAAAAAUGAGUGAAGUGGUAACUUUGGCAGAGGGAAGCAAAUGCAGAGGGGCUCCCAAGAUCUGAGAGGAACAUCCUGAGAGAAGGAAAAAAAAAAUAUAUAUAUGUAAGGGAUAAGGGAAGGGAGUGAGCUGUACGACUCGUCUAACGCCCCCCCCCCCCCCCCCCCCCCCCCGCCUUCCCCAAUAACAGGAAAGAGACAAGAUGGAAGUGUCUGAAUGGUCCUGAGCAAGUAGUCGGGACCAACACAAUCAAAGAACUUCUGCCAUCAAAUUCAUGUUGAGGAAGAGGAAGAACACUUCUUUGUACAGUAAGACCCAAACAAUAUUUCAAAUGCAAACUUGCUAACAAAGGAACAAUAUGAAGCCAGCCUCUCUCUCUCUGAAGAGACAAUAAUGCCUUGAGAGAGACAGAGCAGCAUUCAUUACAGUAUACAUACAUACAUACAUAAAACAGCUGAUGAUACAGUAGUAGGAGUAGGUCUGGAAGCACAUCUACUGCAAGCUGCAUCUGUCCUAGAGGAAGCAUGAACAUGGGCUUAGGUAAAAAACCAGCUUGGGAGGAGGAGAGCAAAGCAAACAUCCUCUCCAAGGCAGUUGAAGAAAGAAUGAUGCAUCACUAGAUUCAAGCAUGGUCUCUGACUUGCUUCCACCUCACCUAAGUAUCGGAUGCCAGAUGCCACAGAUUCCUUGCAUUUUCAGUUUUUUAUUGCUUUUAACUGGUUUCUAGUGGUGCCAGAAGAUUCAUCCUACUGUUAAGACUGAAGGUUUGUUAGCUAUGAAAAAUGAACAUCUGCUCUCCAAGGCAGUUGAAGAAAGACUAAAAUGUAUCACAGGGUUUGUGUGGUCGGUGACUACUCUUCACCUGUGGUAUGUAUUAGAUGCCAGAUGCUACAGAUUCCUUGCAGAUACGUACGAUCUUUGUUUUUCAACCGGUUUGCAGCUAGCACCAGAAGAUUUAUCUUAUUGCUGCGACCUCAGGUUUGUUAGCUAUGAAAAAUACAAAUUGAUUAAAAAGAUUUUCAUUUUUCUCAACUAUACAAACCUGAUGUCUUUACAGUAGGAGUCUACUUCAGCACAGUUGGAGACCAGCCGUUUAACUUUAAACAAGAUGGUUAAAUAUUUAGUUAAUUACUGACUAUGGAUGGGGGUCCCAGCCACCCAGUCAGUAUGCAUUCACUUUGUCCUUUGGUCAAGGGAGCAGAAUGAGGGGUCGCUUGAGGUGGGCAUGUAUGUAAUUGUAAACACCUCAGGUUUGUCUAGUUAGGAAAAUACAGUACAGGCAGUCCGUGGUUACUUGGGGGGGGGGGGGUGGGUGGGUUCCAUUCUCAGAUUGAGCAAUUGGCAACAUACUACAAUGUAUUCCUAGAGAGAGAACCUGUAUUUCCCAAGUCCCCUCAAGCUCUGCAACAAGUGAAAAACCUAAAACAUUACAAAUGUCACAUACAGUGGACCCCCAUGAUCACAAGGGUUGUGUUCCAGACCCCCCACCCCCGUGAAGAGCUGGAACCUGCAAAUACUUUGAACCCCC